CUGGUCCAAGAUGACCGGGGAUUCCCCGCCUGACAAAAACAGCUCCGCUCUUCACAUGUCGUCCUCUUCCUCUUCUUUCAUUGCUCGUACGCUCCCCGCCCGGAGGAAGUGCUGCCGUUACCGGAUACCUCGACAACUAACCCAACCGCUUCUUGUUCGUAAUGAGCGCGGCAGCAGCGUGUGUAGAAAGUUUGAAAGGAGCCGCUAGCACGUCACAGUAGUCGUCUUUUGGGCAUGAAAGGCGCCAGCCUGACGGUCUUCAGGCUGUCCUCGGAGUCCCGGUCUCCGGCGGUGACCCCCGCCUCCAGCCGUUAACACCACCCGGGGAACAAGUGAGGGGAUACCCGCCACCAGCAGCAUGGCGAGCGGCGACUGUCGCAAAGACGACUUCCCCGAGGAUAGCCGCGUGGACUCGGGCAUCGACUCCUAUCGCUCCAUGCUCAAGUCGGAGGAUCCGAGGACCGAGCUCAGCGGGCCCAGGGACAAGCUCCACCCCGCGGAGGAGCGCUUGGACUCGGCCUACGGCUCGGCAUCGCUGACGGUGGAGAGCCUGUCAGACAUAGUUGAGGGCUGCACACUGGAGCCAGCGGCACCGAGCUCCGGACUCUCAGAACCGGAGGAGAACUUAAUCACGUCUAUUACCGAAGAUGGAGACACAAUUCUGCACUUGGCCAUCAUCCAUGAGGAAGAUUUAAUUGCACAACAGUUGAUCCAGAUAUUCCCCAAAGAAGUCCUGGACAUCCAGAACAAUUUGUACCAGAGCCCUUUGCAUCUGGCCACCUACCUGAACCUGACAGAAGUCGUGAAGAGCCUGGUUGCCAAAAAGGUCAGCCUUGAGCUGCAGGACCACGAAGGAAACACGGCGCUCCACGUCGCCUGCCACCACGGCCUGACCAUGUGCGCCACGGAGAUGACCGGUGAGGUUUCCCCCAGCAAACUGGAGUUGGUCCUGGAAACCCAAAACUGGAGAGGUCUCGCCUGUCUUCACCUCGCUGCUCUCAGCAGGCAACACCAGAUAAUGAAGCUGUUGAUGAAAAAGGGCGCCGACCUGAAUGUCCAGGAAGGAACCAGCGGCAAAACGCCUCUCCACCUCGCCGUCGAGCUGCACGACGCCGCAUUGGUGAAGCUGCUGCUGAGCAGAGGAGCCAACGUGGACGCCGCCAUGUACAACGGCUGCACGCCGCUGCACCUGGCCGUGGGCAGGCAGGACGCGGCCAUCGCACACCUCCUGUGCCAGUCGGGCGCCGACACCAUGCUGCGGAACAUGGAGGACGAGACGGCCUUGGACCUGGCCGAUGGCAACGAUGAUAUUCUGGCCUUAUUUCCAUUUGACGACGUUCAGAUAUCGGGGAGGUCGGUGGUCAGCGUGAACUUUUGAGCUGCACCGCAGACUCCUUCAAGACGAGUCCGAGGAUUACACCGCCAGCAGCUGUUUGUACUAUUUCUGAUUGAACGGUGUAUUUAUAAAGCUUCACCUAAACGUUAUGUCGCAGGACAAAGCUAGGUAGAUUUCUGCUUCACCAUCAUCCUCCACCUGAACACUGAAAAAGCAACAUGUCUGACACCCUGCAUGCUCCUUCCUGUCACGGUCUUGAUUCAAACCUUUCACACGUCUACCUCUUUCUCAUCGACAGUUUUGCUGCCACUCAAGUUUCCCGUUUCAGUCCUAAGUUUUGUUGGGCUGCUUUAUUAAAAGUGCAGCUUUUCCACUGUCGCUAUCACGCCACUCAUUAUAGAUUUAUAAUAUAUGAUGUUAAAAUGCGUGGCGUUUAGAUUUCCGCUUUUUGGGUUUAUUGCACUGGCCUGUUUAGAUGUUAAAAGCGAUUUUAUGCUCAUUUAUUUUGUAAUAAAAAUGGAUUUUGAGCUGA